AUGUAUACACCCGAAACCCAAAAUCCAGAUCCAAGUAUGAACGAUAAAGAUUAUUUAAUUGAUCAAGGAUUCGAAGAUUUUCUUCCGUAUAUCACACAGGUUCAGAAUGUACUAGGAGAUGGAAACUGUGGAUUUAGAGCGACGGCUGUUUGCAUUGGUCGUCAUCAAGAUGAUUGGCGUCAAAUUCGUAUGGAUUUAUUGGAUGAGUUAUUUGUGCAUAAUGCAAGAUACACUGCAAUUUUUAACAAAGAAGGCGUACAAUCACUUCAGUACAUGCUGAAUCACUUUAAAGAAGGAUUUGCAGAUCCACCAUAUUGGAUGACUAUGCCAGAGACUGGGUUACUCAUUGCUUCAAGGUAUAAUGUGGUGGUUGUUUUUUUGAGCAAAGAUGGGGAGACAACGUGCUUUCCGCUUUUUACUAGCCCACCAAGUUCACAACCACAUGAUAUUUGUGUAAUUGGACGAGUCAAUCGUAUUCAUUUCGUGAGACUGGUGUUACAAGAAGAUUUUCCGGUACCUCCUACGCAUCCACAAUGGUCUAGUCACGCAUUUGAUCGGGCAUGGGAAAAUCCUUUUUUGGAUAGACAAAAUAUGUACAACCAGAUUAAAUUCUCUAGACGUAAUUCAGUAGGUAUGAGAACUUGUAUUAAUAUUGAUUAA